UAAAGAUGGCGGCGGCAGAGGGGGCGCGUAGUGGCUGGAUGAAGACAGAGCGACCCUGAAAGAGCGAGCGAAGACUCGGGCAAAGGGACUGAACAGUGUCACAGAAACUGCUGACCAAACCCGAGUUAGAGGGCAGGCUGCUUAGUGCCAAAUACACGCGGUGGUCUGAGGCUGGAAGAAGAGGUUUCAAAACAGGCCGCGCUCCUGUUGUGGGAUGUGAGCCGGGAGGCAGGUGGGUUGAGUCCCGUUAAACAUCGCUACUGAAGUGCGGGGAUAUGGGACAGCAGGUGGGCCGCGUCGGGGAGGGAGCUGCUACCGGGCUACAGCAGCAACAACCGCAACAAAAUGCCCAACAGCUGCCCCCAGGAAGGGGGAGCCGGGGCAGCAAUGCCGGGAGGAGACCGCGGGAUCCAGCGGCCAUCGGGACUCCACCGGGCAGGUCUGCAGCUGUAAAUGUACCGGAUCCUGGGAUCAAUAUUUUCACACAGCAUUCAGAGGCUCUGCACCGGCCCUUCUGUCUGGACCCUGAUGCACAGGUGCUGACGGAUGCAGUUCGCUGGAGCUCCAAGGAGAACCUGCUGGGGGCUGCCGAGAGUGACCCCAACCUCUUUGUUGCACUUUAUGACUUCGUUGCCAGUGGUGACAACACACUAAGUAUCACCAAAGGUGAGAAGCUGCGAGUGCUAGGCUACAACCAGAAUGGGGAGUGGAGUGAGGUGCGCUCCAAAAACGGGCAGGGCUGGGUCCCCAGUAACUACAUCACCCCGGUCAACAGCCUGGAGAAGCACUCCUGGUACCACGGGCCGGUGUCUCGCAGUGCAGCUGAGUACCUGCUCAGCAGCCUCAUCAACGGCAGCUUCCUGGUGAGAGAGAGCGAGAGCAGCCCGGGCCAGCUCUCCAUCUCCCUGCGCUACGAGGGGAGAGUAUACCACUACCGCAUCAACACUGCCUCCGACUGCAAGGUGUACGUCACCUCGGAGAGCAGGUUCAGCACCCUGGCUGAGCUGGUCCAUCAUCACUCCACGGUGGCUGAUGGGCUGGUCACCACGCUGCACUACCCGGCCCCCAAGUGCAACAAGCCCACAGUGUACGGGGUGUCUCCCAUCCACGACAAGUGGGAGAUGGAGCGCACGGACAUCACCAUGAAGCACAAGUUGGGGGGCGGCCAGUACGGGGAGGUAUACGUGGGGCUCUGGAAGAAAUACAACCUCACAGUGGCUGUCAAAACACUCAAGGAAGAUACGAUGGAGGUGGAGGAGUUUUUGAAAGAGGCUUCCGUCAUGAAAGAAGUGAAACACCCCAACCUGGUCCAGCUGCUAGGCGUGUGUACUCUAGAGCCCCCCUUCUACAUUGUGACGGAGUACAUGCCCCACGGGAACCUGUUGGAUUACCUGCGGGAGUGUAACCGUGAGGAGGUCAGCGCAGUGGUGCUGCUCUACAUGGCCACGCAGAUCUCCUCUGCCAUGGAGUACCUGGAAAAAAAAAACUUCAUCCACAGGGACCUGGCUGCACGGAACUGCCUAGUCGGGGAGAAUCAUGUGGUGAAGGUGGCUGACUUUGGGCUGAGCCGCCUGAUGACUGGAGACACGUACACGGCCCAUGCCGGGGCCAAGUUCCCCAUCAAGUGGACUGCUCCUGAGAGCCUGGCGUACAACACCUUCUCCAUCAAAUCAGACGUGUGGGCUUUUGGAGUGCUGCUGUGGGAGAUCGCCACAUACGGUAUGUCUCCCUACCCUGGGAUCGACCUGUCCCAGGUGUACGACCUGCUGGAGAAGGGGUACCGCAUGGAGCAGCCUGAGGGCUGCCCCCCUACAGUCUACGAGCUCAUGAGAGCAUGCUGGCAGUGGAGCCCCCUGGACAGGCCUGCUUUCUCUGAGACACACCAGGCAUUUGAAACCAUGUUCCACGAUUCCAGCAUCUCUGAAGAGGUUGCAGAAGAGCUGUGUAAAACUGCCUCUUCCUCCUGCUCUGCGUUUUCCAACCCGCUGCUGCCCCUCCUGCCCUCCAAGUCCAGGACGACAAAGAAACAAACAGAGAACAAAGAGAACAUGGAGACAGAGCAGCCAGGACAGAGCGCUCCAUCAGGUUUCUCAGCCAGCGUGCUCUCUGGGGGCGGUAGCACUGGAGGGGGCGGCUCUCCAGCGCUUCCCCGCAAACAGAGGGACAAAUCUCCCAACAGCCUGCUGGAGGAGCCCCGAGAGACUUCUUUCACCAGGGACCGUAAGGCUGGCUUCUUCAGCUCCUUCAUGAAGAAGAAGCAGCAGCACAGCAUCCCCACCCCGCCCAAGAGGAGCAGCUCCUUCAGGGAGAUGGAGAACCAGCCCCACAAGAAGUACGAGCCCACCUCUAGCUUCACCUGUGCCAGCUCCCUGCCACAUGUGGAUGCACUCAGCUUCUCUCCCACCCACGGAGGAGGUAAUCACGUGCAGUCCAGGUGCUGUGGGGCCACCUUCGGACAGAAAACCUCUGCCAACAACCCCCCUCCCGCUUCCUGCACCAGUGCCCCUCCUGGGGGCAGCAGCUGGUCUGGCAUUGCUGGCUUCUUCACUCCCCGCCUAAUCAAAAAGACCCUGGGGCUGAAGGCCGGCAAAGGCUCUGGAGCAGACGAGGCAGCCAAGCCCUUCCCCAGGUCCAACUCCACCUCCUCUAUGUCCUCAGGGCUGCCUGACCUGGAGCGUAUGGCCCUCACGCUCCCCAGGAACACCCACCGCUCCAAAGUCCAGCUGGAAAGGACUUCCUCCACCACCUCCCAGCUGGAGGAAGGCAGGCCGGCUGAGGCUCUGCUCUGCAAGAUGGACGAAGGCACAGCUCAGAUCAGGGAGCGCCCCAAAGCCAAGCUGCUGCCCAGAGGAGCAGCAGGGUCCAGCAGUGCACAGAGGGCGCCGGGGGUUGGGGGAGAGCUGGAGGCAGAUUCUUCCAGCAGUAGCAGCAGCUCCCCCAGGGCCAAAGACAGUGCUGCAGAACCAGGGCAGCAGGACAGGCAAGGGUGGGCUUCUCCAUCCAAGGCCUUGAGCACGCUCCACGGGGCGGCGCACAAUCACAAGGUCCCCGUGCUCAUCUCGCCCACUCUCAAGCACGCGCCAGCGGACGUGCAGCUCAUCGCCAUGGACUCUCAGGGGAACCGCUUUAAGCUCUUGUCGGAGGGGGUAGGGGGGGACAGGCCCAGGCUGGUGAAGCCCAAGUGUGCCCCCCCUCCCCCCCCUACACCCAGACUGCUCCAGCCCUGUCCCCCCUCCACUUCCAGCUCCAGCCUCCAGGCCACAGACUCUUCCCAAGAGCCGGAGACGAACGGGGACUGGCUGAAGAAGGCUGGGAAGGCGGGGGCUCGACCGUCAGUGCCGCCACCUCAAGUGCCUCCUCCUCCAUCAUCAUCCACCUCCUCCUCCGGCACAACGCCCACCAAGAUUUCCAAUGGAGCCUCCCUCCAAGCUGGUGCUGCCAAGGUCUCCCUGAGGAAAACACGUCUGCAGACAGAGAGGGUCCCAGCGGACAAGAUCAGCAAGGAGGCCCUGCUCGAGUGUGCAGAGUCCCUGACUAGCGCCAUCACCGGCAGCCCCACACCCCCCCUCUCUAGCAGCCAGCUUGUCGAUACCGGCCACCAGCUCCUGGACUACUGCACGGGCUACGUGGACUGCAUCCCGCAAACACGCAACAAAUUCGCCUUCCGGGAGGCCGUGGGCAAACUGGAAUUGAGCUUACAGGAGCUGCGGGCUUCCUCUGCUCCCACGCCCGGCCCCAGCCCAGCUCUCACAAACCUACUGACCUGCGUCAAGGAGAUUAGCGAUGUGGUCCAGAGGUAGUCACCAUUGGAAACCUCCCCUGCCAAGAAUGAGUGGUGAGGGGGGCUGGAGUUUUCUUGGAAGUACCUCAGAAAUCACUAUGUUUUUUUUAUUUUGUUUUGUUUCCUCAUGUUUACAGGAUUGUUUAAGUCAGUUGGAGCACUGUCAAUGGUCACUGUUCUACAUUCAAUCAUAAAAUCAUAGAAUCAUAAGUUCUAUCCCUAAAUAGGAACAACCUAUUCCGUUACCCCAUCUCCUCCUUAAAAGAAAAGAGCACAGAGCAGAUAUUUGAAGUCGUGAUUGGGGUUGAUCUUUUGUCCCAUGAUGAGAUAGUGUCUUUGUAUAUGGAAGGACUUCAGAACUAGCAUAUCGGGUUCAAUUAUUUCAAGAAUAAAGGCUUUGAAAGCAUUUUCUCAGCUCAUCAGUGGAACAGCUUUCUCCCAAGUAUGUUGCUUUGCUGAUGUUUUAUUUUAAACUUGACAGAAGGUUAUACCCAUAUGCCUUACCACCACUAGGGUUGCAGUGAUGCAAAAUAUUAUGACAUACCUUUUAUAUAGCGAUAAUUUCAGUGGACUUUGACACUACAUAUAUUUUUUUUAAAUAAGGGCAUUAGAUAUAUAGUGUUGCUUUCAAUGUUAUAAAUAAAACUACCAUUUGUGUUCUACUUUAUAUAAGUGUCAGUUAGUAUGGCUGUGAAACACUAGUGUAAAAGAAAAACCACGAGUGAAUGUGUUUCGCUGGCGCUUUAAACUUUUUAAAAAGGAGCUUCCUUGUGAAGGAGCAUCCUUGUGAAACUAGAUAUAUAUCAGAAAGACCAUUAUUCUGAUUGUGUUGACCAUGGACAAUUAAUAUUAUUGUAUCACUGUACUAUCAUACUUGCAGUAUACAACUGCAGCUCAAGCCACCACAACACUAUAGAAGCUUCCUUCCUUCCUGUAGAGUGGUGGCAGUGUGCAUGGACGUCAACUCGAUACAAAGUAGUCUGGAAAACAAAAAGAACAAUAACAAAACAAAGAUGCUUGUGGGAAUGUAGUUUUACUUGGAGGUGGGGAAAUGUUUUUAAAGCCAGGGUUUUACUUUUAAAAGGAAUUCUAAAGCUGCUACAAUGCACCACAAGCUAACUGGCUCAAAAAUAUGCAAAUAAAGAGGGGGCUACAUUGCAUUGUAAAGAGAUCCCACAAAGCCAGUGUGUGCUGCUGUACAUGUGCUUUGGUGUCUGAGCACUUAGUGCUGAUGUUAGUCUGAAGUGCAAAGAUAAAAACGCAUCAUCUUACUAGCCAGUCUCAGGGGUGCACAAGUCUGCUGUGAGUUUGGUGGGCAUAAGGAAGGCAUGAUUCUACCUUGCAGAUGGUGAUGGUCCCCCACCUUAUGAAUGUUUGUAUAAGUGAAAGCUAACAGUGACCAGAACCUUCAUUGACAAGUAAUUUGAUCAGUUUCUGUGAUGUGCAAAUGGUCAGAUUUGUUUUAUUACUCUGUGCUUUUGGAGCAAAGAUCAAACUUUAAAGAGAAAGUGGUUAUUACUAGACCAAUGGUUGUCCAACCCUGCUCCCCAUGACCUCUUAUUAAUAGCAUCUCAUUUGUAUCACCUGCUUCAGACCUGACUAAAGUGCUUUUCCCCAGUAUCAUAUUCCAAAGUCCCAAUCCAGUUGUGCCACUGAGACGACUUGGCUUUUAUUUUAAUGGGUAAACGGCAGCAGAUUUAAAUACUGACUGUUUGUUGACACCCUUUACAUGUAUAAAUACAAUAAAUCUGCACUGGAGCUGGCUUAAAGUCAGUGGGAUUUAUAUACUCCUCUGUUUAGAUCUAAUAAAUUUAAUAAAAAAUGUUACCUUCACAUCGGACAUAAAAGCACAUAAUGUACUUGAAGACAUCUGAAUAACCAACCAUGCCAUUACGGAUACUUCCCUGACAAUUCAAAUCAUAAUGGAGUGCAUGGUCAAUUAUUCCUUACCCAGUGUAACAGCUUGAAGUCGUUGGUGUUGAGACCAUAGCAUAGACUAUGAACUUGUAGCACAGUGACAUCCAGCUGUCCUUGAGCUCCAAUCAGUACCAUUCUCAGGGGUAAUCAGUAAGUGUGCUUUUUCUUUUUGUAGCAGUACCCAAAUCAGUUAUCUAGUAGCCAAAGUCUAUAUCCACACUGGAAUUUAGUAGCUACAGUUGCCCCAUGAUAUGCUCAACAUUGUCACAGCUCCCACUGUGAUCCCUAGGGGGCACUGUUUGAAUCUCAUGCUGUUGAAUGUUUCCAUGUGCUUUGGCUGCUGAUCGGAGCAUCACCACUGCAAGGGCCUGGUGGAAUUCUUGAUUCCCAUUGAUAACCUAUUAAAGCUGCAGCAGCAUUGCUUUUGUUGGUAUAAUAAAGGGUACAAGGCUUAUUCACUGUUCCAAGGUCAAAGUAUUUUCUGUUUUGGACACUAACCUACAGCACAGAUGCUAGUUAAUGCAACUAAAUUGGGGACACAGAGACAGCACCCCUGAGGGACACAGUGGAAACUGACAGUGUGGCCAGAUUUCAGUGCUAUGCCAGUUGACUUUAUCACCACCUGGUAUUUAAUCUGCAAUGCCCCCAUAGACGCACAUACUUUUAAUUUGUUUUCACUAAAUUCUCCAGAAUUAAAAAAGGCCAUCUAUCUACUCAAGGCACAUUUCUUCAGUCCUAGAAUUACUUUAAUGUAUUGUGCACUAUGUUUUUAACCAUUUUAAAAUCUAUAAAUACUUUAUUUUAAAAUGCCCCAAGGGGUAAAAGCAACAACAUACCGCAAUCCAACCGUUUGUACCUAUUCAGAUAAUUAUAAUCAUUGGUUUAACAUGACAGAAAUGCCAGCCAAACUAUUUAGUUUAAUAUUUACUGUUGCACACUAUACACACUUUUGAAACCCUUUGCACUAAUUAGCAUGUUUUCUAUAGAUUGUAAUCCACCCGUUAGAAAAAUCAGCAUCUGCUUGCAUGCACGCAAAGCCAUCUGUCAAAGCUGUAGUUUGCUGUAGCUACCUGGUGAUGUUAAAUGUAGAGCCAGGGAGGUCAUCAAUCAUCCUGGAAUUCAACCAAUUUGGCAGGAAAAUGACCUCUGGUUGUAGGAUUAAUACAUUCAGGAGUUAGGUGAGCUUGGUCCCCCUCACAGGUGAACAGUAGUCUAGCUGGAGUGCAUUCUCGCUACCCAGUCAAAGUCUAGUGUUAAAACACAAUUGGACUGUCGCUCUGACAUUUAAAACCAGGAAUUCCUUAACUCAGGAAGCCAGUUAAUGUACUCUCUGUGUUCUUUUUCUUAGUUAUCUGGAGCCCGCUGCUUCAGCAUCUGUCUAUUAACAACAUUGUGUUGAAUCUAUCGAGAACAGUUCAGUAUGGCCACGUUUCUGUUUGCUAGGUCAAGCUUACCUGUGUAUCAUUUCCAUUCUUCUAGAAGUACAUUGAACCAAUAAUGUUACAAUUGGAGUGAUCAGUGGAACAGAGUGCCAGCACUUCUAUCACAGGAGUCCAAUCAACAGGAUUCAAACCCAGUUAGCUACUCCCUGAAUUAGCCUGUCACUAUCAUGGAGAAUUGUCUCGGAAUCGGAAAACUAAAGCAGCACUUUUUGUUCUACAGAUUCCUAUCAAUUGUGCACACAUGUCAUGAGCUCUGGAAUUUUAUGUUUGUUAUAUUUAAUAUGAAAAUCCCAUUAUCAUGUGUGACCAUUGUUUUUAUUUUAUUUGUUUUCUUGUAUGUUGUUUUAGUCAUUACUGGAGAAACACUAAGUCAACAUUUGUAUACCAAAGGCCACUUUUUUUCUUCGGUUCUACUUGUGCAAUGAAACUAAACACUUCUUAAUUGUAAAUAUGUGAAUUUUAACAGGGGUUUAAAUGAUGCCAGAUGCUAACAAAAUGAAAUCCAUUAUUAACACUCAGUAUUUUUUUUUGUUUUGUUCUGUAAAAUCUUUUUUUUUGUGUGUGUGUUUCUAAUUUAAAUCUCACAUUGACUAUGGUGUGACUGUGAAGUUCUCUUUAUCAGUGUUAAACUUGAUGUAAAUAGAAAAUGACCAGGGUCCUGUCUGGUUCUGGACAGAUUUGCCAAUUUUGCUUUUUUUUUUUUUUUUUU